GCGGGACCGGGCUGCAGAGCGCGGGGCGCGGCGACUACCGGAAGGGGCCUGGGAGCGGCGUCCAGCUCCCGCCCGGGUAGACAUGGGCAGCUGGGCAGCAACUCUCCCGCUCGUCCAAGCCUUUAAGGCGACAGGACCGCGCCUGCCUUCUAGCCUUGGCCGGCGCACCCGUCCAUUACACUUUGCCUCGGCCGUACAAGCCUCCAGGCCCAGCCUCGACCACCCGUGUCCGAGACCCUUAGACCCAGUAUAUCCUGGGCAAAGCCGGAGGGUCCAAUCCCCUCCCCCGCCUACACCCCGGGCUUCGACCCGCCGGCCGACCCCGGAACCCCAGGCUCGCGGCCUCGGUUUCCGGCCGGCACAAGCGCCCGGCGGUCCCAGCCCACGGAAGCGAAGUCGGACGGCCGAGACACGGCUGGACCAGGGAUGGCGCCGCCGGCGGGAGGAGCGGCGGCGGCGGCCUCGGACCCGGGUUCGUCCACGGUGCUGCUGGCUGUGCACGCCGCCGUGAGGCCGCUGGCCGCCGGACCGGACGCUGAGGCGCAGCUACGGAGGCUGCAGCUGAGCGCGGACCCCGAGCGGCCCGGGCGUUUCCGGCUGGAGCUACUAGGCGCGGGGCCCGGGGCGGUCAGCUUGGAGUGGCCUUUGGAGUCCGUCUCCUACACCGUCCGAGGUCCCAGCCAGCACGAGCUGCAGCCUCCACCAGGAGGGCCUGGGACCCUAAGCCUGCACUUCCUCAACCCUCAGGAAGCCCAGCGGUGGGCAACCCUGGUUCGAGGGGCCACGGUGGAGGGACAGAAUGGCAGUGACAGCCUGCCUCCAGCCCUAGGCCCAGAAACGUGCCCUGUUUCCCCACCCAGUCCCCCUGAAGUGCCCACACUCAAGGCCCCCAAGAUGGAUGUUCCCUCGAGUUCUGGAGACUUGAUGGAGAAAGAAGAGCUGGCAGGGCGCCUGGCGCAGGCCAUUGAGGACGGAGACGAGAAGGGGGCAGCCCAAGCUGCAGCUAUCCUGGCCCAGCAUCAUGUGGCCCUCAGUGUCCAGCUCCAGGAGAGCUGCUUCCCUCCUGGCCCCAUCCGGCUACAGGUCACAGUUGAAGAUGCUUCGUCCUCUGCCCACGUCUCACUUCAGGUCCACCCUCACUGCACCAUCUCGGCCCUCCAGGAGCAGGUAUUCUCGGAGUUUGGCUUCCCACCAGCUGUGCAGCGCUGGGUCAUUGGGAAGUGCCUGUGCGUGCCCGAGCGCAGCCUCGCGUCCUAUGGGGUCUGGCAGGACAGGGACCCUGCUUUCCUCUACUUGCUCUCAGCCCCUCGAGAAGCUCCAGGACGCAGCCCUCAGUGCCCCCAGAAGAUGGAUGGGGAACUAGGCCGCCUGUUUUCUCAGACAUUGGGGCUGCCCCGAGCUCCUCAGCCAGCCAGCUCCAGCCUCCCCAGCCCCCUUCAGGCCGGCUGGCCCUGCCCUUCCUGCACCUUCAUCAACGCCCCGAGUCGGCCUGGCUGUGAGAUGUGUAGCACCCAGAGACCCUGCGCUUGGGACCCCCUUCCUGCAGCCUCUACCCAGCAGUCGCCAAUGGUCACAAGGAGAGAGGACGGCCCUUCCCUUCCAGGCCCGAGGUCCCUGGAUGCCCUCCUGAACCUCUCAGGGGACCUCCACUGACUACUCCCUGGGGACAGACCAGAGAUGGGGGGAGGGGCCACGAGCCAAAGUCAUUAAAGAUUCUUCUGAGCCA